ACUCAUCUAACGGAAUACAAUGGCCGACUAAAGCCAAAGCCACAAUUCUGUACUCACAGAUCAUACAGAAAUCCAUAGACAUGCAUGUAGUUCACGGAGGAGUUUGAGAGAGGGAAACCGGAGAGUGCAAUUAAUGGCGGAGUUAGCGACCAGUGUUGCAGCAGGGGUGAUAUGCUCCCUCCUUGAGAAGCUUGGUUCUCUUGCAGCGGCAGAGUAUGCAAUGUUCAGCAGUGACCGCAGACAGGUGGAAUUACUGGUGGAUGAGCUCAGCUCUAUGAAGGCUGUUCUUGAGAAGUUGGCAUACAUGGAGAACCUUGAUCCAUUAACCAGGCAAUGGAGGGACCAGGUCAGGGAGUUGACCUACGAUACCGAGGAUUCUAUCGUCAGCUCCAUGCUCCAGGAUCGCCAAGAUGGAGCUAAGGAUUGGUUCAUUUGGAAGAUUUUUCCGUUUUUCAAAGAUCUCAGAGAGGGAUAUAGUUUAUCCAAACAGAUCAAUCAAAUCAAGGCCGCUGUAAUAGAGCUCAGCGCUCGACGAGAGCGGCUCAGAGUUGACGAAGUCAUCUCUACAUCUUCUCAUGUGUCCAUUGAUCCCCGACUGCACGUGCUCUAUAAGGAUGCUGCCGGUCUUGUCGGAAUAGAUGGACAAAAGGAUAAGCUCAUUGGAAUGCUAAAGGAUGGUGACCAGCACCUAAAGGUAGUGUCAGUUGUGGGAUUUGGAGGAUUAGGCAAGACUACACUUGCCAAUUUAGUAUACGAUGCUUCACCUACACUUCAACACCAUGAACACCGAUUUGACUGUCGAGCAUUUCUGUCGGUCUCCCAAAGACCUGAUAUCAAUGGGGUUUUUUGUAUCCUGCUCAGAAUGUUUGGAGGGAGUAUAACACCAUCGGAUAAUAUUAAUGUUCAACUCCUUGUCAGCAUGCUCAACAAGCAUCUGCAACAUAAAAGGUACUUUAUCGUAAUUGAUGAUUUGUGGAAUGAAUCGGACUGGCAUACUAUCAGAUGUGCUUUCCCAGACAACAAUUCCGGAAGUAGAUUAAUCGUAACUACACGAAUUGAUAGUGUGGCUUUGGAUUGCUGCUCUAAUCGGCGUGAAUACGUUUAUCCAAUGAAACCUCUUGAAGAAGAGUACUCAAGAAGACUUUUUCUUACAAGAAUAUUUGGCUCUGAAGAUGCUUGUCCUGAAUACUUAAAAGAAGCUUCAGCUGAGAUAUUAAGAAAAUGUGGUGGUCUACCCCUAGCAAUCAAUGUUGUAUCAGGUUUUUUGGCCAGUAAGAAGACACCGGAACGAAAGGAGCACUGGGACAGGGUGCAGAGUUCAUUGGGCACCAUCGACAGAGAGUUCGAACCAAUGAAACAGAUGUCACAAAUCUUAAACCUGAGCUACAUGCAUCUUCCUCAUCAUUUGAGGGCAUGCUUCCUUCAUCUUGGUAUAUAUCCAGAGGAUCGGGAAAUCAUGACGGAUGAUUUGGUGAAGCAAUGGGUUGCUGAAGAUUUUGUGCCUUGUAGCCCACAUAGGCGAGAUCGAGAGGAUGUUGCAAAGGACUAUUUCAAUGAGUUAGUCAAUAGGAGCAUCCUCCAACCUGUAGAUAUAGACUACAAGGAUGAGGUGCUGUCAUGUCGAUUGCAUGACAUGAUGCUCGAGUUCAUCUUGAAUAAAUCCGCAGAUGAGAAUUUCAUUACUGUAAUGGAUAGAUUUGGGGUCCGAAGUGGAGGCACCAGUAAGAUCCGUCGGCUCUCUUUGCAAUCUGACCAAGAGAAUCGUGUCCCGGUACCAGAAGCAAUUAUUCUGACACAAGUUCGAUCGCUUGCAACAUUUGGUGCUUGUAUUGACGGAGUAUUUUCGAGGCUGAAGUUUAUUCGAGUCCUAGUGGUUGACAGAUGUCGUAUGACUCUGGACGACAUGGUUGGAGUUUGCCUGCUGCUCCAACUGAGAUACCUGAAGAUUGCCUUUGAUAUGUUGGAUGAUGAGUUUGAUCUAGUAGUACCUCCUGAAAUUCUGAAUCUACGGUCUCUGGAAACGCUGGAUAUAACAGAUGUCCAGGAUGCUACCCUUACAGAAAGAAUAGCUGACUUGUCCAGCUUGCGGCAUCUGCUUCUCCCACUAGAGGUAGUCUUGCCUGAUGACAUAGGCCGUAUGAAGUCCCUGCGUACCAUACGCAAGUUUGAUAUGUCUAAGAACUCAGUAGCCUGUAUAAACGGCCUCGGGGAGCUGACCAAUCUCAGAGAUCUUCAAGUCCGUUUUGAUGACACUUGGAACUCUGACCAGAAAAAGGUAGCUCUAUGCUCUGCUCUCCAAAAGCUUGCUGGUGAAAACCUUAAACAUCUAGCUAUCAUUUCGGAAGAUGUGUGCGGUGAUCAAUGCCUACCAAUGUGUCAUCAGCUGAAUUAUCUGCAUUCCUUAACAGGAAAUCUAGAGACACUCCGUCUAGAAGAUCGCAUGCCCACUAUUCCAAACUGGAUUGGUCAACUUGGUAAUCUGUAUGACAUAAAUCUUGCUGGAAUCGAGAGGUUGAAUCCGCAAGCUAUUGAUAUCCUUGCAAAGUUGCCUGCCCUUCUCUACCUCAAGAUGUAUAUUUUGAUAUUCAUCGCUGAAACAAUUGUCAUCCGUGGUGGGAGUGGGAGCGGGACUGCUUUCCCAGCACUCAAGUAUUUCGACCUCAUUUGUUCGCCACCAUGGGUGUCUUUUGAGCAAGGGGCAAUGCCCAAGCUCCAGAGACUCGAAAUAGAAUUUGAUGCGGACAGAUGGGAGGAACAUGGAAGAGCGCCUGCAGGCAUCCACAACCUGGGUGUGCUGCAGGUACUGUCGGUACAGCUGAUGUUCAGUGGUGCGGAGUCUGACAAGGAAGCUGCUAAAUCUGCGCUGCGUGCUGCAAUCCACGGACAUCCACGUGACCCUCGUGUUGACAUCAGCCAAAGAAAUUUUUCAGGACCUUUCUCUAUUCAUACGGAGGAGCAAUAUAAUAUGGAAUUCAUUUGACCUCUCAUCGAUGAUACGGACAUCUCUGACUGAGCACAAAUAGCGGUACGGCUUAUUUCUUCCUCCUAGUUACCUCCCAUGGCAGCUGUAAAUCUCGUUUAUCUGGUAGGAACAAUCUGGAAGCUAGGUAUUGGUACAACAGAUUGAUUACACCCAUUGUUAGCGUACUAUACUAGUAUCUUUAACAGAAAAUUUCUAGUGCCACAUAUUUCCAUUCUACAAUUAAUCUUUUAUAACAUGGCCAUCAAAACUCCGAUAAUCGUGCAUAUUGCAAUGUUUUUAAAACCUCACCGUGUUACGACAUUUCACUAUGUACUUCGUGUUUUCGGUUUAAUCUUUAGUGCAUCAGUAGUUAAUCACAGUAUUAUACCUUCCUGCCACGCCCUUGCAGUUGUACAGAAAUCUCUCCGUGAUGGGAAAUCCUGUGUAUCACAUCCAGCUAGGCCACCUAGCUCGAUUUAGCCAGAUGAGUAAGCCACUCCAAUUCACCCGAAAAAAUCUUGAUCCCUUCAGAGACAAUGUUGUUAUAAGCUCAUCGAUGAAGCCAGCUAGGAACAGAUUAGUAGCAAAAGGAUAUGAGGCUAGAACAUAUUAUACUACUGAAUUGCAAUAGCUUUUUUUUGUUAGCAUGCUAUGUUUGUUUACAAUGAUCACAAUUCUCAUAUUAAUUUUCACUUUGUAGGUCAGUAAAAUUAUGUGCAACAUUGCCCCGGCUCCCGUGUGUAUUUGUUUCCCAUCCUUAAAUCCUAGGUAGCUAAAUAUAUAAAAGAUAUGAAACAGCUGGAAAAACAAAAAAUAGAAAAAGAUGUGUAUGUGUAUGCAUUAUAUAUGUUGUUCCUUCAAGAUCAAAAGACAAAAAAAAGGAAAUCAAAAAGUAAAAGCACAAAAAAAUUAGGAAAAGGGUAUGUGUGUAUAUGUGCUACUAUUUCAGUAUCUUUUUCAAAAGGUGAAAAUGGCAUCAAAACAACAAUAGGAAAAACACCAAGAAAUUUAAAAAAUAUAUAUUUCUAAAUGUAGUGUGUUCUUGUUUUUCUAGGUGUGUAAGUAGGAGUAGGUAACUCCGCCUAUGUCAUCUUGAAUGCAUAGCUGGUCCCAAGCCCAGAAAAAGGAGGAGGGAGUACUCAUGGUUGUUUUAUAGAGCAACUAAGACUGAGCUGCGCCCCUGGCUAUCUCUGAAGCUUUUCUCACUUGUUUCUGUUCGUCAUAACAGAGAAAGUCGUUUUUAUCCCAACUAUUUGUUUGGCCAUGCUAAAUAAAAGUUCUUCCAAAAUAGUUCUUACAUAAGCUCUCAGCUGAUCAAUGGCUGGGAGUUCUGCUUGGCAUUUUCUGAGCAAGUCAUAAAUUUAUGUCACCCAAAUCUAUGCCCCAGCCUGCUUUAUUAUGUCAUAACCAUUUCAAAGGGCUAACAAACCUUAUGUCUUUUUAAAUGGAAUAAGAAAUGUCUACUACUUCAGUUACAUACUCAUAUAUCAAGCUUUCAAAGUAUAUCUAUUUUUCAGGUCUGACGGAUUCAAGCAACUGAGAGCAUGUCAUUCUUUUAAGUUAAAGUUAAAUAGCUUAAUCUUACAUCAGAUUUACAUGGGGCUUAGGGUUUAG